AAUAAAAAUAAAUAAACAAAAAUUAGAAUAGAUGGAUGGGAUUGCAUAUGAUUUUGGGAAUCAUUUGGAGUUAUUGUGAUUGUUUGCAUUACUCAUAAUGGAUCAAUUAGAAUGGAUCAAUAUAUUUAUACCCGAUCGAUUGACUAAUAUGGUCGGUAAUGAUGAUGAUGAUGAUGAUAUAAUGGAUGGCCUAUUAUUUGGCCACUAUGAACGUAGUAUUGAUGGCCAUGGUUUCAAUGUAAGCAUUACUGCUGUUACAAGAAAAUCUAAAUCAUUGGACAGACAAUCCAUCAAAACAAAUGAUGUCAUCGAUAAUCUAGUCUGUUUAGGACGAAUGAACUUACUGAACCAUGAUUGUUCGGAUACAGGUCACAUGAAUGGUAAAAAAAUUUCGUUUUGUUCGAUUUAUAUGGAAUUGAAUUUACUGUAUAAAACUGACAGCAAUAAUGAUAAUGAAAAUGAUAAUCAUGAAUCAUUGCCAUUUGAUCUUAAAUCAAUUCGAAUAAUGGGCAAGCCAUUUACGGAUCGGGACAAAGUGUCUUUCAUUCUAUAUGAUACAUAUCGAUUGAUGCGUUGUCAAUCGUUCGAUAUUUAUAGGCCGGGCAACAGAAUCGAAUUCCUAAGUUUUGUAUUGAGAAGUCUAUAUGAUACUUCGAUCGUGUACGAAAAUAAAAAGCAAAUGAAAUAUGAGAAUAGUUUGAAUGAUUAUAUGAUUGAAAGUCAAUUAUCCACUACAUUCAUCUAUCAUUAUGCUCAAGCCAAACGAUUAAACCGAUCGGCUAUCUGUGAUGAACGUUUUGAUAAUUGUGAACAAAAAACAUUGCGCUCACCUUAUUUGAUUCUCUACUUAUUCUGGCUGUUUGAUCUGAUGGAUAUGAUCACAUUUCACAAAUCCUUAUUCAUUGCACAACUUAAAUUUCGUUUGCUUCAAAUUCGUUACAUAUGGAAUCUAAUGAAACAAUCGCCUAGCAAACAGUCAUUAUCGUUGGGCAAUCUAUUGUUUGCCAUUAUUUUUGAUCAUAUUUUAGGCAUAUUGGCUACAUGGCUCAUAUUCAAAUACACAAAUCAAUCACAUCUGAUGCAAUUAGUCGACACGAAUGUCGGUUUAUUGGUAAACAAAAUCAACAAUAUGUUGGUAUUGUUGCAAAGUAUGCCAGCCGGUCUUAAAUUAAAUCAACCAUUUAAUGAUGCCAUAUCACAAGUGAUGUUCUAUCACAUUUAUCUAUGGCAAAACUAUAUGCUAAUAUUUCAAUCAUUGUUUCCUGCCAUUAUGAUUUUUGCUUUUUAUUUCGGUAUAUUUGGCAUUACAUUCACAAUCAGUUUACUUUGCGAUCUGUUCAAUAUGAUCACUAUCCAUAUUUAUUGUUUUUAUGGAUACACCUCACGUGUAUAUAAUUUUCAAUCGGCUGGAAUAAUAUCAUUGUGGCGAUUGUUUCGUGGCAAGAAAUAUAAUCCACUUCGUGAUCGUAUCGAUUCAUAUUCAUAUGAGAAUGUUCACCUUUUCAUUGGAACGAUAUUAUUCACUGUAUUUAUAUUUCUAUUACCGACCGUAUUGAUGUAUUAUGUUGUAAUGUUGAUAUUUCGAUUGAUCACUAUAGCCAUUAAGCAAUUUUUGUUUUUUUUCAUCGAUUUUCUUAGCACAAUACCUCUCUAUACUGUAUGGUUAUGGCUUAUCAAUUCGGAAAUAGUCUCCGGUCGAAUCUAUUUUCGCAGACUAAGCCACCAAGACAGCGAAAAUGGUAAUAAAUUUGCUGUUUUUCGAAUGGAAACAUUACCUGAUUCGUUUGGUAAUUUAUUCAAUGGACAAAGUGAUUGUGUAGCACGAAAACUUAAGCAAUUUCUAUUGGCUAAUUCCUAUCGUAAUGAACCAUCAUUCAAAUGGAAUCAAUUUUUUUGCGAUGUACUUUUAGGUCGUAAUAUUGGCCAAAAUAUACCAUAUUGGUUUUCAUUUCUACUUAUUUCAGUAUCAUUGUGUUUAUUCUACCGAUUCUUUGAAUCUUGACGAUCUCAAUAUAUCAAAAUUGUAAUUAUCAAAUUAUUAC